AUGACGAUUCCGCCUGCAACCUUACCUUUUUCGACGCAUAUACGAGAGGACAAAUUGGCGGCUGGGUCACAAGUCAAGGGAAGAGAGAUGUGCUGUGGAUUUGGAGACAACGACAAACCUGAAUUUUUGGGGUCUAUGCCAAAUACUGCGCCGCUGGAAGCUGAUGUGCCUCUUGGGCAUUCGAUUCAGCUUCCAAUUGAAUUGUGGGAGAAGGUGAUUGACGUUCUGGCGGAUGAAUGGGGGGAUGACCAUUGGAGCUACGAGACAUAUGAAGCCAGGCUGCAUGUACUGGGAAGAGUGUGUCGGGGGUGGCAUGCCCGAUGCCGCUUUCGUGCCUGCGAGAAGCUCGAUGCGGAUCGCAUGGACAAGAAAGAGGUCUAUCGCCUGAUCGACGCACUGAAGCAGGAUCCGGAGCGAUGCCGUGCCAUUAGGACGGUCUCAUUCGAUUUUGGGAGGAUGUCGGUUGGUCUGUUCGGGACAUUUGCUGUGUGCAUGGCACACAAACUGCCCCAGACCGAGCGUCUCACGUUCUGGCAGUGCGAAUGGGAGCCUCGACAGCUGCACGUGCAGGUCUUUGUCCACAUCACUCUCGCAUUCGAGUCGGUCACUGUACUCGAGCUCGACCAUGUGCGAUUCCCUUCUGCGGUAGUGUUUGGGCGGCUCGUGCGUGCGCUUCCGCGGCUGUCGUCCCUCAAAUGCUGGAACGUGUCUUUCGACAUGCAUGGCGAUGUUGCAGGUCGAAUCUGGGAAUUGCAUCCCCUCUGCCUCGAUAGCGCCGAAUUGUGGAACAGCAAUGACGUCGUUGAUUUCCUCGUCUUGGUCGGCGCACAACUACGCGACCUCAUCUGGCAUGAUGAGGGCUUGGAAAAGUGCCAGAAGCUGCUCUCUGUGACCGCCGAGUCGCUCUCGUCCAUGCACAUCGACCUAGCUGAUUACGUAUUCUUUGAAGGACUCUUUCCCUCAGACUUUCCAACCGAUUUCACAUCAGCUGUCAACCUGAGCGUCUUCUCGAUAUCUUCCGACUUCGAAGACUUGGACGGAGCGGCAAAAAUUCUGUGUCGCGCGUUUCUUCCGAAGCUGAUCGAGGUUACGAUCAUCUCAACGUUCGAUUAUACUAGGACAUUGGCUUUCUCAAAUUCGUAUGCGCUUCUUGACCGGGCUUUCUCCAGUCGUCAGUAUCCCGCCUUGAAAAAGGUCACCUUCAAGCUUGACUGGGAGACUCGGCGCAGCAGAGUGAUGGAGGUGAUAUCCGAGGAGUCCUGGGGGAGUCACUUUGCAUCAAAUCUUCCUGCUCUACAUAUGAGUGGACGGCUUGUGUGA